AUGAUGGCCUCAGCGGAGGAACUUGAGUUUUCUCUGGUGGGUCUGGAGGAGGAUCUGACCUGCAGCAUCUGUCUGAGCACCUUCAUCUGUCCGGUCACCAUCCCCUGUGGACACAACUUCUGCCGGGACUGCCUGCUGGCCACCUGGAAGGACUCCUACAGCUGCCCGCAGUGUCGGACCCUGUUCGCCACCAAACCCGAGCUGAAGAAGAACACGGUCCUCAGCACCGUGGUGGAGACCUUCAGGAUCCGGACCAACAAGAGCCAAUCCGUGGUUCUGGUGGAGGAGAGCCAACCCGAGGUGGAGGAGGAGAAGACGAAGGGUGUGAUCCGCUGUGACACCUGUAUGGAGGCCGAGGCGGCUCAGACCUGCCUCACCUGCAUGGCCUCCUUCUGCGAGGAGCACCUGCGGCCCCACCUGGAGAACCCCACCUUCCGCCUCCACCAGCUGAGCCAGCCCGGGGCGGAUUUCUCGGAGCGCGUGUGCGCCGAGCACCACAAGCUGAUGGAGCACUUCUGCUGCGCCCACAGCCGGCUCAUCUGCAGCCUGUGUCUGCAGCAGGUGCACAGGGGCUGCAGCUUCUCCGCCCCGGAGGAGCAGAGGAGCCGGAAGCAGACUGAAUUCAGAGAGAAGUUGGGUUUACUGGACGGGAAGAUCGAGAGGACGGAUUCUGUCGUGCUUCAGAUGGUCGAGCUGCAGAGCCAACUGAAGGACGCAGCGGAGAAAAAGAAGAUGUGCUUGGGUGAAAUAUAUCAGCAGAUGAGAGAACUGCUGGAGCAGGACGAGCGCGUCGCCCAGCAGGAGGUGAACUGUGAGCUGGAGGCCGCCCAGACCAAACUCCAAGACUUCAUGAUGAGGUUCACGAAGAACGGAGAGAGGAUGAAGACAGCCAGAGAGAAGGUCAACGCUCUGAUGAGUCAGGACCAAACUCCGGCUUUCUUACAGGCCUCCUUUGAGCUGCCGAAGGUGGUGAAGUUCGACCCGCACGUCCCUCGGAUCAACCUGGACUCCAAACAGGUGGCGGCGGUGCAGAGCUUCGCUGCCGCCAUGCAGGAGAGUCUGAUCCAGAUCCUCUCACGGCCGUUUGAGGACAGAGCGACGCUGCUGCAUAAACCUGAGGUGGACACGAAGACGGCUGCAUCUGGUGCAAAAGAAGAACCUGCAGCUCCUGAAAAUGUGACGCAUCGGCCUCAGUCGUCAACACCGAAGCAGAGCCGUCAGUCGAGGUCCAAAAGUCGUGGUCGUCCACCCGUGCAGCCCUUCAUCCAACCGAUGAAUUUUCCGUUUUACAUUCAUUCUCGGCCAGUGUUGAACCCCCAACAGUUCAGACCGGGCCAGUCUCAGGGAUUUUACGUGCCUUCUCCGCUUUUCACGGGACACAAAACAACUCAGAGCAACGGGCCUCCCAGUGCGCAAGGAGGACACAAACCAGACGCAAAAGGACCAGAUUCUGCCCCAAAAGGAAAUUCAGCUGGGCACAACCCACAUCCCAAGAAAAACAAGUAG